GGAGAGAGAGAGGGAGGCAGAGGGAGAGAGUGAGGAGGAGGCAGCUGAGCGCGGGCUCAGUCAGGUCGAGAGCCAGGAAAUGGACAUCAGCAGCGGUAAAAUAGAGGGGACACCUCCUGUCGAUGGAAAAGAAGAAGAAGAAGAGGAAAAUGAAGACAAUAAAAGGGUGGCACCAAGGGCUAAGCGCGAGCGACGUCAAGGCAACGCCAGCGCCACCGUGUGCCAGGUGUGCAGCAUCCGGCUUAAUUCUGGAGCCCAAGCCCAGAUUCAUUAUAAGGGCAAAACGCACCAGAGGAGACUGCGCAGACUGGCCAAGGUUGUCGGAUCAGGUGCGCUGUCCCACAGCCAGGUCCACCCUUUCCUGGGUUCCCUGCAACUGUCGGCCCAAGCGAGCCUCCAGCCGCACAACCACUUGGAGCACUUCUUGCCCCUCAGGAUCAGCACCUCCUCGCCCCUCAGCCUUUUCCCAAAUUUCAACGCGAUGGAUCCCGUGCAAAAGGCAGUGAUCAACCACACCUUCGGCAUCGCCCCACCUAAGAGAAGAGCCACUAUCACCUGUAAUAUUUGUCACCUGCGCUUUAACUCCACUAACCAGGCCGAGGCCCACUACAAAGGUCACAAGCACACUCGCAAGCUGAAGGCCAUGGAGACCCAGAGGAACCGACAGAAGAACAAGCCCAAGCCAGCCGCAGCGGAGAAAGAGAAGGGGACGGCGGGAGGAAGUGACACGCGAACAGACUUGAAUUUAAACGACACAACAGAUUUAUCAAGCACAACGGCACAAGUGGAAAAACGCCACGGGAGUUCCCCAGUCCCCGCCGCCCCCACUACAGACUCCUCUACAAACCAAUCUCCUCAACUGUCCCAGCAAUUCCCUCACAGCCCGCCGCUUCCCAAUCUAACACAAGAGGAGACACCUUUAGAAGGCCGCGGAAUACCUCCCGCUUCGGCAGCACCACUCGACGCUCAAGGGCAUCCUGUUGUCAAGGAAGAAGACAAGGAGGGGGUUGGGGCGGUGGAGGAUAAGGAAGGCAACAAAAAACAGCUCCAUUGUCCCACUUGCAAAGUGACGGUGAACUCCAGCUCCCAAUUGGAAGCUCAUUGUAGUGGUUCUAAACACAAGCAGAUGCUGCACAGCCCCAACAGCAGCCGCUCGCACCGCAGGCCGAAGAGGACGUCGUCGCCGAGACGCCCCUGCCGAAUAAUUAAGCAGCGGAUGGUCGGCAACAAGACCAACGUGGUGGCGGGUGUCACCGGCCAGCGUUUUCACUGUCAGCUGUGCCAAGUGUCUGUCAACUCUGAGUCACAGCUCAAACAGCACAUGAACAGCAGGAGACAUAAAGAGCAUUUGGCCGGGAAGCCUGUGAAGGUGAAGUCCAAAUUCACACCCUUUAAUAAACUGCACCCCAGCACCGCAUUCGCGACAAAGCUGGCCUUGCACAAGCAGCUGUCCAAGGCCCUGCCGCCAGGGUUGCUGACCAGCGCCCUCAACCCAGCUGCUCUGUGCACUCUGGCGUCCUCGCCGCUGGCAUUACGGCUGCCGCAGGGUCCCGCAGCCAUCGUCCACAGUCCGCUGAUAAGCCCCGCCCUCUUCAGGCCUGCCCCGGGACCCCUCAGGGCCACGCACCCGGCCAUUAUUUUCUCUCCUUAUUGACAAUGAGGACAAAAUGUUACAUUUGACACAUCAUCGGUACAGUAUGCACACUGACCAAAAGUGCUACCUCGACUUAUGACAUUUACAAGUCUUUCGACUCAAGAUGUAAAUAAAUUAAUGAAUUCAUAAGUCAAGGAAUCACUAUGUGAGGACCAUGACUCAAGUGUUUGAGUGCAUGUUCCCUAGUAGGGGUCUAAAUCUUAUUGGAAGCCAUAAUAGUGAAUAUAUUUUGUUUUAUUUAUGAGAACAAUCUGCCAUUACACAAGAGUGGGCACGUGUUAAAACUUUUAUGUGAGCUCUCUAGUACUCUGGGAAAAACAGUAUCAUUCCUGGAUUAGGUUCCGUGUAUAAAUCACUUGUCUUACUGAUCAAAACCAGAAUUGUUUGGUCGUGAACAUCAAGUAUGUAAUGAACCCCGUUCCGUCUUUCUGUUUGUCUUUUGCUGACUUGUGCCAUAAUACAAAGCCAAGAACUUUCACUAAACUUGGUGAAUGUAGUUUGAUUUCAUCAAUUAAUAACAGUGAAAACUAUAUUGGACAUGAGCCAUUAAAGUAGGGAUGGGGACCCCCCCCCCACACACACAUUCUUCAAAUACUUUAAUUUUAUGUACUUUGAGAUGCUUGUUGUGCAACACGAAGACGCAGUCUGACAAAAAUCCUAUUUCAUGAGUCAUACCAAUCUGUAAAAUAUUUUUUAAUAGCUUUUCCAUCUUGAGCACAAAAACUGCCGUAACUGUUCAUCAAGUGCAAUAAUGUAGGCUACUAUGAUAAAUGUGUUGAGUGUGUACAAUGUAUUCAUUUGUAUGUAGUAUUAUUAUUACGUGGCUGUGGUUGUGUUCAUUCCCACUGCAUUGAAACAAUCACAAAAAUGUAUGCACUGGAAGUACACAUGUAUAUUUUGGAAAUUAUUUGCUCAGAUCAGCCAUGGAAUUCUAAAAGUUUGUUGCCAAAGCAUUUAACCUCGCUAGCAUGUACUCUUGAGCCAAAAUGAAUAAUUAUAUGAUCGUAUUUUUGUUUUUAAAAAAUGCAGAUAAAUUGUUUUUUUGUCUGUACUAAAUUUUCCUCCAAUUCUGU